CCUGGAGAGGAUCAUUUACGCGCCGAAAUAAUGGACUUUGAUUCUGGUUAGUACGCUUUACUUUUACAUUGCAGGAUACAUAUUCAUUCAGUCAAACAUUUAGUAAAAUGUGGACAAUUCCGAAGCCAAAAUAUAGAAGUGGUUUAUGCGCAGAGGGGGAGAUUGCAGUGAACAUUGGCGGAGUCCGAGUGGUGCUUUUCGGGGAUGUUUUGAACCGCUACCCGGAGAGCAGACUUGCGGAGUUGUUGAACUGCUCAGCUCAGAAUUAUGAAGUUAUCUCGUCCCUUUGCGACGACUUCGAUCCGGGCAGAAAAGAGUUUUAUUUUGACCGAGAUCCUGAUGCCUUCAAGUGCAUCAUCGACGUUUACUACUUUGAUGAAAUCCACAUCAAACGCGGCAUUUGCCCCGUCUGUUUCAUCAAGGAGAUGGAGUUCUGGAAAAUAGACCAAAGUGUUUUAGAUGAAUGCUGUAAAAGUUACCUAAGUGAGAAGGAGGAGGAGCUGAAAGAGAUUGCAAACAAGGUGAAAGUUAUCCUUGAGGAUCUGGAGGUGGAUCAGUGCAUUACGCGCACCCAGCGGUGCCAGAGGUUCCUGUGGAGACUGAUGGAGAAGCCGGGUUCCUCCCGGCCGGCGCGCGUCAUUGCCAUCGCAUCCUUCCUCUCUAUCCUGGUAUCGGCGGUGGUGAUGUGCAUAGGGACCAUCCCGGAGCUCCAGGUGACGGAUACCAAUGGAAAACUGGUCGAGCACCCGAUCCUAGAAGCGAUCGAGACCGUCUGCAUGUCAUGGUUCACAGCGGAGUACUUACUUCGUCUCGCCUCCUCUCCGAACAAGCUGCGCUUUGCGCUCUCCAUCAUGAACGUCAUAGACUUUAUGGCCAUAAUUCCUUUUUACGUAGUCAUGUCCCUCACCUACCUGGGCACCACAUCCAUGAUGGAGCUGGCUAACGUCCAACAGGCUGUCCAGGCUCUCCGCAUCAUGCGUAUCGCGCGUAUUUUCAAGCUGGCGCGCCACUCCUCCGGGCUGCAGACUCUGACCUACGCGCUCAAGAGGAGCCUCAAAGAGCUGGGGCUGCUCCUCAUGUACAUGGGCGUGGGAAUCUUUGUGUUCUCGGCGCUGGCCUACACCAUGGAGCAAAGCCAUCCAGAGACCCUUUUCAGGAGCAUCCCGCAGUCUUUCUGGUGGGCCAUCAUCACCAUGACCACGGUGGGCUAUGGAGACAUCUACCCCAAAACCACGCUCGGCAAGUGCAACGCAGCCGUGAGCUUUCUGUGUGGGGUGAUAGCCAUCGCCUUGCCCAUCCACCCGAUCAUAAAUAACUUUGUGGUCUACUACAAUAAGCAGAAAGUGUUGGAGACUGCGGCGAAGCAUGAAGUAGAGCUGAUGGAGCUGAAGUCCGGCAGGGACACGCGCAGAAAAAGCAGGGAUUGAGACAUUAAAACUGUGGACGCAGCAAAAGUUUGAGCAAGUGCUUUUUUUUUUCAAAAGACAUUUAAGACUGAAACAUACAUUCAAUUUAAGGAAAAUGUGAAAAAAAAAAAAAGUCGUCAAAAUCUAAUACACCAAAACAAAAUUUAGACAGCUGGACUUUUUAUGGACCUGCAGACACAGUGGGACGUCUCCAUGCAGACACCUGCACAUUGCACCACAACAGUGAUGUUGUCUUUACACAGUUGUGUUGUUUAUAUUGCUACUUUGUGUGGUACAUGCUGCAGCUUAUGGUGCAGUUAUUUACUCCAUAGCUAUUGUUAUUGUGAAGGCUGUUGUUAUAAAAGAAUUAAAUGUAGGGCAUGGAAAAACUUGUACAUAGAGAAGGUAUACACACUUGUGCAUGAGAAUCAUUAAACCAUCAUAUAUCCUACAAGGCACUUGUUGAUACUUGAUUUUCAAUAAAAACAGGAGGAGGUAAUCAAUUUAAAUCAAGUUCAUGUGUAAUAUAUCCAGGUUUAAUAUUCUGGAAGCAAAUAUGUCAGAUAGGGUGUGGGUGGAUUUAUAUUCCAAUUUAAAUGCCUUAAAUUUGAGUCAUAAAUUGCAGCCUCCAACAAACCUGUGAGUGAUUAAUCUCUUCCAUCAGAUUAAUCUAAAUUUGAUCAUUUUUGUUUUAUGACAGCUAUCAAAAAGAUGAAUGUCUGGCAGACCCCUCUUGCCGUUGGGUAGAUGCAAUUAUUAAUUCCCAUGGGGUGAAAUAAAUGAAAGAACUAAAUAAAUCAGCCUUUUGAGGCCAUGAGAACACACAUACUUUCAUGAUACUUUCUCAAAAACAACAAUUUUAAAAUUGGAUCUCAUUUGUUAAACUUUAGUCCUGGAGACAUCUAAACCAACCAGACAUUAACCACAGGUGACUGCUGCUGACAAUGCCAAGCACUCCUGCAGAGAUGUGAUCAAAUUUUCUUAUUCACUGUUUCUGCUCAGGUCCAAAGGUAAAGUGUGU